CUGCCCCCGGCCCGGCCCGGCCCGCCGCCUUCUCCUCCCCUUCCCCUUGCGGUCCCUCCUCCCGCCGGCGCCGGCCGUGCCCGCCUCGCUCCCCGCCCCGGCUGAGGGGCGACCGCCACUGCUGCUGCCUUCGCUGGCGGCGGCUCCGCUAAGAUGUCCGAGCGCGGCGGCUUCUACCGGCAGGAGCUGAACAAGACGGUGUGGGAGGUGCCGCAGCGCUACCAGAACCUCACGCCCGUGGGCUCGGGCGCCUACGGCUCCGUGUGUUCAGCUUAUGAUACCAAAACAAGACAGAAGGUGGCAGUAAAAAAGCUUUCAAGACCUUUCCAAUCGCUUAUACACGCAAGGAGGACCUACCGAGAGCUCAGGUUGCUGAAGCACAUGAAGCAUGAGAAUGUUAUAGGAUUGCUGGAUGUUUUUACACCUGCAACAUCAAUAGAAAAUUUUAAUGAAGUGUAUCUUGUGACGAAUUUAAUGGGCGCUGACCUAAAUAACAUUGUGAAGUGCCAGAAGUUAACAGAUGACCACAUACAGUUUCUUAUAUAUCAGUUACUUCGAGGACUUAAGUAUAUUCACUCAGCUGGAAUCAUCCACAGGGAUCUGAAGCCCAGUAACUUAGCUGUAAAUGAAGACUGUGAAUUGAGGAUUUUAGACUUUGGUUUAGCUCGACAAACCGAUGAUGAAAUGACAGGCUACGUUGCAACAAGGUGGUACAGAGCUCCAGAAAUCAUGUUGAACUGGAUGCACUACAAUCAAACAGUUGAUAUCUGGUCUGUUGGAUGCAUCAUGGCAGAGUUACUGAAAGGGAAGGCCCUGUUUCCAGGAGAUGAUUAUAUUGAUCAACUAAAGAGAAUAAUGGAAGUUGUGGGUACACCCAGUUCUGAACUUCUGAAGAAGAUAUCAUCAGAACAUGCAAGAAAGUACAUUGAAUCUCUUCCACAUAUGCCUCAACAGGAUUUGAAAGCAGUAUUUCGUGGUGCCAAUCCAUUAGUGGUAGACCUUCUUGAGAAGAUGCUGAUACUGGACAGUGACAAAAGAAUUACUGCCUCAGCAGCCCUUGCACACCCAUACUUUGUACAGUAUCACGAUCCGGAUGACGAACCUGAGGCUGAGCUCUAUGAUGAGUCAAUAGAGAAUAAAGAGCGAACCAUAGAAGAAUGGAAAGAACUUACCUAUGAAGAAGUGAUGAGCUUUAAACCACCUGACCUGAAAAUGGAUAGCCUGGAAAUAGAACAGUGAACGCUGGCAGCUGUGCUUUGCCUUGCUGCACUACGAGGACUGUUAAAACAUAACCAUACAAUUUAACCUGUGUUCAAAUACACAUAGAUUUCACUAUCCAAAGAUGUGGAAAAGCAGAUACGUUACACAGAAGCCAGAUGUUGUCCGUUUCGAGGUUUUCUUACCUUGUAAUAUGAAUGUACUCCCAGUUCAUAAAGGGUGAUAAAGAACUGCUCUGUUCUGACAAAAUUAUGCACUGAGUUCUGUUUAACGGUGUUUUCUGCAUGUUUCAUUUUAUCAGUCGUAUUGCCAAAAUGAAGGUGAUGUUUUUAAUUAAUUUCAAAGUUGUGCAUUUAACGCAUGAAUGUAUACAAACAUAAACAUAGAAUUCCAUACAGGCAAUCCUUUUUUUUUUUCCUGGUGUUAGCCUGAUUUUAACUGUCUGUUUUCAUUUUAUUUAUAGUUAGUGCCUUUAUGAAGAGAGGGUGUGGUAGCAAGAUAGACAGAAUGUGCACACGUAGUCCUAUCUGUGGCGGUCUGAAAGAUUUACUAGAUGUCUCUCAAACAAUCUAGCACCAGUUGGAAGUCAGUAAAAAAUAAAUCUUUGUCUUCUGUUGCCAUUAAAGUGUCUGUCCUCGUUCUUUUAUCUUUAAUCUGCACAGUGCCAGUUUGGGAGCCCAUUGUAAUUCCCCAUGGUGCUCCUAACCUCACCUGUGCCGGAGGGCUGCUGGUCUUGCACAGUUUACAGGAGGGUGCCCUGAAGGCACCCAGCACAUUUCUGUGGUUCUCUGCAAACAUCAGCCAAGGCUGUCACAGAUCAAAGUGCAAGAAUUCCAGUUCAACACUUGGAAUUCAAUAUUCCUCAUGAUCUUAUUUUCCUUCAAUUGAUCUGUGAGAAAGUAGUCUACAAAGUGCCAUUGGAAGACAAGGCAAAAUGAGGUUUAAGAAUAGAUUUAUGAAAAACAAAGUAGCCAUCUUGACAGAUUUUCUUUUCAAGCAAAAUGUGAAAGGCUUUCCAGCUUGGAAAAUUAGAACGUACAUAAUAAAUUGCAGGGCAGACUGCAUACUGAGUUGUAUUAAAUAAUUCAAUUUAUUGCCUUUCCCAGUGGAAGGCAUAAUACUAAGACAGGAAUAUCCUUUGGCAUAAGGCCUCCUGUGAUUUAAUGGCUGUCUUUCUCACGUACUAACAAGCUUGGUUGCACAAACUACUCAGUGUUCUUUUUUGUGUCUCGUUCUCAUUGUCAGAGUCUCAUUUUGGAGGUGGCUUUUUAUAUUACUUAGGUUUUCUUCAACUUUUGUCAUUAAGAUCUAGUUGUACAGCUAUUACAUGAGAUAAUGAAUUCUACUGCCUUUGUUUACCUUCCUCUGUAUCUUUUCUAUGUAAAAAGAUUUUUUCUUAAUAAACAGAUAGAAAAAAAUCAAGUCCAAGAACUUUUAUUUUUCAAAGACACUUGACGUAGCACUUUUGUCUUCUUUGAGAAACAGAAAUCAUCAUUCCACCUAAAAACUUGCUCCUCAUUUGUGCUUUACACCGGUAGAUAGUGAUAGGAAAUGGGGAAUGGUUUUAUACAAAAGGAAGGGAGAUUUAGAUGAGAUGUCAGGGAAGUUCUUUACUGAGAGUGGUGAGGGGCUGGAACAGGCUGCCACAGAGGCUGUGGAUGCCCCAUCCCUGGAGGUAUUCAAGGCCAGGUUGGGUGAGCCCUGGACAACCUGCUCUACUAUGUGACCUAGAGGCUGGCAGCCCUUCCAGAAGUAUGGGGGUUGGGACAUGAUGAGCCUUGGGGUCCCUUCCAACCCAAGCCAUUCCAUGAUUCCAUGACUCCUGUCAAUGUUUGCCAAUUACCUCUAACUUACAUUCAGUAGAACGCAGCAAUCUGAAUUCAGCUUUCUUCAGUGCACAUUAAGCUGGCGUGGAUUUAUUGAGAGUCCUUUGAAUUGGCGUGUGGCUGUCAUUACAGUGCCACCCUUUGGUGCUGCUUGAGGCCUGUAAUGGUUGUGCAGCAAUCAUCUGAAUUUCACACUAGAAUAGGUGACAAGGUUAUAAAUCCUUAAAUGAUCUGUCUGGCUGCCUAGUGAAAAUCAUAACUCAGGCAUGUCUCAUGCAUCUAUUUUUUCAUUUACUUGUUUACCACUUAACAGAAAAAGAGUUCCAUGCUUUAUGUUCUCUGAAAUCCCAUGCUGAGCUUCUUGCCUGGUCUGCAACUGUUUUCCAGCUGGAAGGGCAAGGAUGCAAUAAAUUUCAUGAGAGCCCUCUGCAUCAAACGAUAAUGAAUUUAGUGUGGGAUUUGUCCCAUCAUCUGUUUAAUCUGGUUUCCUAGCUAUGGGGGUCUCCAGCUCCAAAUGUUUCCAAAGAACGUGUAGAACUCCAUGAUAGGCAAAUAGCAGAUGAUCUCUGCUUAUUAUAUCUAGUUAAGUAGAAAGACAGAGUUUUUUUUGUCACAUCCAAAAUUUGUUCUCCUGGCAACUCUGAGUCUUCCUUAACUGGGUAGUUAAAAUAUCAAACAAAAUUAUAUUCUAUUUUCCAUUCACAGAUGUGAUUUUUUUUUUCUAGGAGAUAAAUUAUGUAGGGAGAAUACAGUCGUAGCCACAUGCAAACUAAUUAGAGGUGACAGUAAUGGAUAACAGGAGCUCAGCUAUUUUUAAUGAAGUACUGUCAAAACUCAUAAAUCAUUAUCUCAUUGUAAUGUCAAGAAAAAUGAUAGCAUGAAAGACAGUUUUUUCCUUCAUUUCCCAAAUCAAGGCCAUUUCUUUGACCUCAAAAGCCACUAAUUAACCUAUUUUUCCUAGAACAGGUAACGGACUCCCUAGUGGAAAUGCAGGAAGGCGGUGUGGUAAGUUUAUCAGUUUACAGCAGCAGGACAGGGUAAUUGGAAAGGCAGUAACCCUACUGAGACCAAAACAGGGAAGGCUUACUACUAAUAAUGCUUAUCAUCUGAACACAGAUGGAAAAAAACAUCUGUCCACCAACAGAAGCAGGGAAAAGAGGUAACUAUCUCUAUUAGGGUCUUUCACAGCUGUAUGAUCACUUAGAACUAAAAGCAGAGUUUGUAAAAAAAGUAAAAUAAAAAUAAGUAUUUCAUUUUGGCUUCUUGAUAAAAAAAUGUUUAACAAAGGGAUUGUUUGCAUGGCCUGAAUUUUAACUGCAGGACUUUUUAUAGUGGGUUUAACUGGGUUUUUUUUUUUCAGUCUCCUGACACCAUUUUUAUUACAAGCACGAUUUUGUAUGUUCUCUAAAUAUUGAUGUACAUCUGCAGAAAGUGCCCUACACUGUCCACAAUAAAUGGUCAUAGAACUGCUUGAGUUGGAAGGGACCUUCAAAGGUCACCUAGUCCAAUCUUCCUGCAACAAACAGGGACAUCUACAGCUAGAUCAGGUUGCUCAGAGCCCUGCCUGGCCUGCCCUUGAAUUUUCCAGGGAUGAGGCUUUCACUGCUUCUCCAGGCAAUCUGUUCACCACUCAUAAUAAAAAACUUUUUCCUUGUAUCCAGUCUAAAUCUCCACUUUUUUAGUUUGAAACCGUUUCCCCUUAUCAUACUACAACAGACCUUGCUAAAGAGUCCAUCCCCUUCUUUCUUACAGCCCCCGUUUAGAUACUGAAGGCACUAUUAGGUCGCCUUGGAGCCUUCUCCAGGCUGAAGCCCCAUCUCUCUCAGUCUGUCUUCAUAAAGGAGGUGUUCCAUCUCUUGAAUUGUUUUUGUGGCUUAUCUCUGAAUGUGCUCCAUGUCUUUCCUCUGCUGAGGACUCCACAUCUGGACACAGAACUUCAGAUGAGGUCUCACCAGCACAGGAUCACCUCACUCCCCCCACUGGCCAUGCUUCUUUUGAUGCAGCCCAGGAUCCUGUUGGCUUUCUGAGCUAAGAGGACACAUUGCUGGCUCGUGUCCAGCCUGCCAUUCACCAGUACUCCCAGGUCCCUUUCAGCAGGGCUGUGCUCUCUAUCCUUCCAUCCCCAAGCCCGUACUGAUAGUGGGGGUUACCAUAAUCCAGAUGCAAGACCUUGCACUUGGAUUCACUGAACCUCACGAGGUUCAUCUGGCUCACUGCUCAAGCCAGUUCAGGACUCUCAGGCAUCCUGUCCUUCAGGCAUGUUGACUGCACCACACAGCUCGGUGUCAUCCAAGGGUGCACUCCAUCUCAAUGUCAUUCAUGAAGUUAUUAAAGAGCAUCCGUACUGAGGGAAACUACUCAUCAGUGAUAUCCAGACGGACCAUUAACCACUGAUCACCAAUCUCUGCGUAUGAUCUUGCAAACCAAUUCCUCAUUCGUCAAAUAGACAACCCAUAAAUCUGUAUCUUUCCAAUUUGGAGUGAAGGAUGCUGUGGGCUGCCGUGUCAAAGGCUUGACUGAAGUCCAGAUGGAUGCCAUCAGUGGUUCUUCCCCUGUCCACUGAUGCAGUUAUGCCAUUACAGAAGGCCACGAGGUUGGUCAGGCAGGACUUGCCUUUGGUGCUGCUUAUAAUUGAUGGUGCUCGUUAUCC